AAAUUUAUUUUGAGAGAUGCGGUAGAUAUUUUAUUUUCCAAUCUAGGGUUAUAAGUUGCCUAGAGGUCAUAUGGUUGUAGUGUCACUCUUUAUCCAUAAUGUCAAGCGUUCGAAUCUCAUCUAUACCAUUUUUCCCCCUCUUUUUCUUCUUCUUCUUCACCAUCAUUUGCAGAUCCUUCUGUAAUUUUUGCUUUUAGACCCUUCAAUUCUCAUCAAUAUUUUCACCAAUUUUUAGAUCCUUCAAUUCUCAUCAAUAUUUUCACCAAUUUAUCUUCAAGUCCUUCAAAUUCUACAUAAAAUACACAUGGAUCCGAAUUUACCUCCUCCUUCCAGCACUAGAAAGGUGAAAUUUGCUCCAAAAGGACCUCCCCGUCGAAAGAAGCAAAAUUCUGUUCAACCUAAAACUGAAGGGAAUGGAAAUGAGGAAUCUAAUGAUAAUGAAGCUGCUGAAGCUAUUCUACGCAAAGUCAAUGAGCGCUUGACUAGACAGAAGCCUAAAACGGAGAAAAAAGUUGCGGUUGCAUUUGCUCAUGGAGUAGCAUCACCAACUUCCACAAGGACUGUUGGAAAGCCUAAAGAACUCACUAUCAAUCCGGAUAGUACUCCGAAAGACGAUGAAUCUUAUGAUAAGAUGGACAUUGAUUCCUUACCUACUUUACCUUCAAGUACUGGAUCAGAUCUUGCUGAAAUUUCAGUCAAUAAUUCAGAUUCUUUACUUAAAAGGAAGAAGAAAGAGUAUAAAGAACCAUGGGAUUACCAUCAUAGCAACUAUCCUACCACUCUUCCUCUGAGAAGACCUUAUGCUGGAGAUCCAGAAAUUUUAGAUGAAGCUGAAUUUGGAAAGGCUGCAGCAAAUGCAGAGUAUGAUGAAAAUAAUGUUCAUGCUGCUUCAGAGCUUGGCUUACUGGAAAAGAAGGAUGAUGUACAGAUUCUUUUUCUUCAGCUUCCUGCUAAUUUACCCCUAGGCAAGUGGCCAGCUAGCACAGGAGGUAGGGAUACUGCUGGCGGCUUGACAUUGCCAGGGGAUAGAAGUGAUAAAGCUGCCGAACUAUCAUCACCCGUGCUCAAGGGAAAAGAAGUUGCUGGCAGUGCUCCCAGGCUUCCUGCCAGUGCAAAAGGGAAAGAGAUAAUUGGCAGUUCUACAAUCUCUAGACGACAUAAUACCACAAAGAAUAUAGGCAGUUUGCAAGAUUUACCUGCGGGAAGCAUGGGGAAAAUGCUGGUUUACAAGAGUGGAACAGUUAAAUUAAAGCUUGGAGACAUCUUGUACAAUGUUUCUCCUGGUGUAGAAUGCUCUUUUGCUCAAGAUGUUGUUGCAAUCAAUACUGCUGAGAAGCAGUGUUGCCAGCUGGGAGAACUCGGAAAGCGGGCUGUUGUCACUCCUGAUGUUGAUUUCCUCUUGGACAAGAUGAUUAAGUAGAGUUAAUAGCUCUUCAAUUUCUAUAUUCAGAGGAUCUUCUGACUUUCCUGUAUAGAGGAUUUGACUUAAUAUCUUGUGCAUAUCUAAGAACUUUGCGACCACCAGAGGUUGUGGUGGGAUAGGUUUCAGGUUUGAGUCUGGAUAUGAAAAAUAUCUUUUUCUUCAUUUUUUA